UUAUCCUCUCUCUCUCUCUCUCUCUCUCUCUCUCAAGUUUCAGUUCAGUUUCAGUUUCGUUCAGAAGCUAAACAGUGGGCUCCAAUGACAAGUGAAUACAACCGCUUCCAUCACCGCCACCGCCACCGCCACCGCCACCACCACAACCACCAUCAGAAUCUGCAUAUGCAUAAUCAUCAGACAAGCACAUUCUUGCCCAUGUUAUGUUCGAGACCAUCCAUCAAAGAUGUGAGCCUUCCAAAGUCUGCAUCCGUAAAAGAUGAUCCUUUGUCCCCAAGAAUCAGUUGCACGGGCCAAGUGAAAAGAAGCAACAAAGUCAAUGGCUUUCCAACCCCUCUCACCACUCACAGACUACUCACCUUCUCCUCCAACCCUAAUUCCAAGUACAAUAUUAUCAGCAGCCCCAACAACCACCUCAAGUACUCCAAGCUCAAGAAACUCUUCUCUGGCAAAAACCUAAACAACCCUAAUGCCGCCGCCGCUGCUACCACCACAACAGCCACUACAAACACCACCACAAGAUGUAGUAGAAGGCAAGUGAUUGUGAAUAGUAACAAUGGUGGAAGUGGGCCCCGGAUUAGUAACGGUCAUGAUUGUGUUGCGAAUAUUAACCUAGUGGAUUUGGAUCCUCCUCUGCCUGUGAUUAAGAGGGUGCACAAGAAGCCUGCUGAAGAACAAGAACAAGAGGUGAACAGUCUUUGGAAGAGGAGAUCUGGUGGGGUUGAAUUGAAAGGUUUGCAGCUUAAACAGAUUCACCAUCCUAGGCAUCUAAAUCAACCCAUUACUGUUUAAUUUCUUGGGUAAAAAUUUAAAAAAAAAAUCCAAAAGGGGAGUGAAAAAAUUUGCUGUACAUGUUUUUGUUUUGGAUCCCAAUUUUGGAUAUAUUGUUUGAUUGGUUAUUCACUGUUCCAACGAGUAAUGACAUAUUAUUAAGACUAA